AUGUUGUCAAGCCGAUUCCUAUAUGUAGGAGGCAGUCCAAGCCCUUCCACACUGUAUGGUGCCAGAGUCCAGACCAACUUCAAAGGCUGCAUGAAAAAGGUGAUCUACAAAUCAGAUAGUGUGACCCUUGACCUCACCACCUUGGCAAUAGAGCAAAGUGACAUCCUCAAGGUUGUUGGGAAUGUGGUGUUCAACAAAUGUCAUGACAUUGUGGAAUCUCAGCCAGUGACCUUUACAACUCCUGAGUCCUACAUCAUCCUGCCUUCAUGGGAGGUAGGAUCUGCUGGUGGCUCACUCUCUUUCGCAUUUAUGACCAAUGAACCAAAUGGUGUUGUCAUGUACAAUAGUGGCACCAGAAAGUCUGACUUUUUUGCUUUUGAGAUCCAAGAUCGCUUCAUGUACCUGAUAAUUGAUCUGGGUUCUGGAGCCAUGCGUAUACAGGUAUCUAUGCAGCCUGUAAGUGAUGCAAAACUUCAUGAAGUUAGCUUGGAGCACAUUGGCAGACGGGGCUGGAUCCUGUUUGAUGGACAAAGAGUGAAUUAUACUGUCAGGGGAGAGAACUCUAACCUGGACAUGGUAGGGGUCUUAUAUGUAGGUGGAGUCAAUGAUUACAAAGAAAAGUACCAGCUCCCAAAAGAGAUGUGGGCGGGCAUGCUUGGUUAUGGAUUUGUUGGCUGCAUGCAAGAUGUUGUCAUUAAUGGGAACAAAAUGGACCUUCUCAACGCUGCCCGAAAACAGAGUAAGACUGACAUCGUAAAUUUCUGUCGUCCAUCUGAGCCCCAGUGUAUGACUCGCCCCUGUAUCAACAAUGGCCAGUGUAGUGAGGGCUGGAACAGAUAUGUGUGUGACUGCAAGGCCACACGAUAUGUCGGCGACUUCUGUCAGACAGAGGCAGCAACCCUGGCUUUUGACAGUGCCCAGUUCAUGAAGAUCACUUUGGACAAGGAAUCUCACACUGAAGCUGAGGACAUAUCAUUACGUUUCCAGACAAAACACCCAAACGGCCUACUCUUCAUGACCUCUUCAUACCGGUCCUUUGAUUCUAUAGCGUUAUACCUGGAGAAUGGACUGGUCAGAUUAGAAAUCAGAGUGGGCAGUAGCUCAAAGAUUCUCACCAUUGGUAGAAAGAGACUUGAUGAUGAUCUGUGGCACACAGUGAUAAUAAAGAGACGUGGAUCCCAGGUGGAACUCAGUCUCGACAACGAUAAUCCUAUUGGAGAUACUCUUCCAAGAAAUUCCCGUUCGUUGAAUUUACGGCGUAUGGAAGUUGGUCGUAUGGUACAGGAUGACAACAGACUCCGACAAUAUAGUGGCUUCAUAGGAUCCAUGCAGCAGUUCAUCUUUAAUGGAAACCACUUCUUCGAGAUGGCGAAAUCACAGGACAUCCAGAACAUUGAGACCACGGCACGUUUCCUGACUGAUGAACCAAUGCUUAGGAACCCUGUGACUUUCAAGUCUAAGGAAGCUUAUGCUCAACUGGAAAAACUAAGUGCCUACCUAGAGUUUUCUGUUUAUUUCAAGUUCAAGACAACAGAGCCAAAUGGUUUGAUCAUGUACAAUGGGGGGAGGGGACAAGACUUUUUAGCAUUUGAAUUGCAGGGAGGUUAUCUUCACUAUGUUUACAACACAGGAGCUGGGGCCAAGCGGGUUGUUGUCAAUACCAUCAACCGUCUCAAUGACAAUGAAUGGCAUGAUGUGCGACUGCUUCGUCCAGUGAUGGACAAACAAACAAUCCGUGUGGACGACCAGCACCCUACUGUGGAGAGCAUGCAUGGGUCUGACACACUACACUUUAACCUGGAGGGGAUGCUGUAUGUGGGAGGUGUCAGUAAGACGAUGUACAACUCCCUCCCAAAACUGAUCUCCUCUCGACAUGGAUUCCAGGGCUGUCUCGCCUCACUAGAUCUUAACGGACCACGCCCAGACAUCCUCAAUGAUUCUAUAAAAGUGUUUUCAUCCAUUGCCAGGGGUUGUCAAGGGCCCAGCAAUAACUGCCAUCAGUAUGCAUGUCUAAAUGAAGGCCGAUGUGUACAGCAGUGGAACUCCUUCACAUGUGACUGUGAUAUGACCUCUUACACUGGGUCUAUGUGUACAGAAGAAAGCGUAUCCUAUGUCUUUGGUCUGGGAUUCCCUGGAAUACUUAUCUACAACUACCCAGAAAGCAAACGUUCCAACACCAAAUACGACCAAAUGGCGCUUGGGUUCCGUACCACACAGCGAAACGCCUUGCUGGUGCGCGUGGAGAGCCUCACUAACGAAGACUACAUCGAAGUGCAGCUGGUUGAUGGAAAUGUAUUUGUGGUGUACAACAUGGGGACAGAUAAUCAUCCACUUGGACAGUUACUAAGGAAACACAACAACGGAAAGUACCACGUGAUCAGAUUUAUACGAUCUGGAGCCAAUGCUACCCUACAGAUCAACGAAGGGCCUGUUGUCCUCAAAAACCCGACAGGGGAACAGCUGAGUGUGUUCAAUGAGCAGGCCAGGAUCUUCAUUGGAGGUUAUAAAAAUAGUACUGGCAUCCAUAGACAAUUUGUUGGUACAAUACAAGGACUGGUAUUUAAUGGCUUGCCUUUACUGGAAAUGGCGUCCAGGAAUGACAGUCGAGUGACAGUUGAUGGACGGGUACAGCCCCGUGUUCCUAAUAGAACAGCAGAUAUACAAUCUACUAUGGGAAUAAGGCACACCACUCCACGACAAGGUAUCACUGAUGAGAUCAUCCAUGAGGUGACUUACUCUGGUGACGGAACUGGCUGUCCAACAGAUGACGAGGACGACUGUACCUCUGUAGGAUCAGGUUCCGAUGACGACAUCAUUACACCUGUUGUAAAAAUCAGUACUACUCCAAAACCAAACACCACAGAGCCUAGCAGUAUGUGUGACGAUGGCAAAGAAACAAGUUGUCCUCAACUUGUAAUUGAGAACGUGUCUACAACGACAGAAAAGAAAGACAAGGGCAGCAACAUUGACCAAGGUCCUGUCGACCAAACGAAUCCAACGGGAGGACAAAUGGAGUCAGAACUUACUCCUCAUAAUAUCGGACUCAUCAUUGGAAUUAUUGCUGUUGUCAUUGUUGCCUUGAUCAUUCUCAUAAUAGCACUGUAUAAAUUUCAUCGACGAGACGAAGGGACAUACAAAGUAGAUGAAACACAAAACUUUGCAUAUUUAGAAUCUAAAAAACAGAAUGGAAAUGGAGCGUUAUUAGGACCUGUCCCUGGAAAUGGGAAAAUGGCCAAAAAGAAGGAUGUGAAGGAGUGGUAUGUGUGAACUGCUGUGAUAUUUGUAAAGGUUGUGUUUGUUUAGAGAGUAUUGUUAUCGGAACAUUGGUUGGAGGGUGGUAAUGAGCCAGAAAAUAUUACAAGGAUUACAUAUCAGUGUAGUAAUUGGCAGAAAACAAUGGCAACACAAGAGGAUCCUAUUCAGUCUGUGGUGAAAUGAUUGCCAUUGGUAAAUGUGACGUAUAAUUUUGUUUAAGAUUUCAAUAAAGCAGUGCAAAAAGGUGAAAGAAACAAGUGGAAGGUUUUUAAUCAGCAAAUAAUUAUUAAAAGUUCAAGAUUAAUAAACUAAUUUAUCAUAUCUAUGGUAAUCAGUCAUGUACCAGUGAUGACAAGGUUCAACACUUCCAUGGUGAUUGGUCGUUCACAAAUGA